CCAACGUUGUAUUCUCAAUUCUUAAACUUAAACUAUGCUGCUAAUUAACAACCUUAGACCACCACCAUUGAUGGUAUCUCAAUUCUGGUGAUAUGUGGAGCACCCUUCCUUUUGAUCCCCUGUCUGUCAUCUUCUCUUAUCUCUCCCCGGAUUCUUUUGCCCGGGCCAAGUCUGUCUGCAAGAACUGGUGCUCCUGUGCCAACUCUGCCGCCGCCGCCCCCCUGCCGCCAGAGGCACGGCGGAGUCAGCUGCCAUGGUUCAUUGCUUUGCCCACACGCUUCCAGAAGCUUGUCUGUUACGCCCAUAACCCACUCAAUAACUACUGGCACACAUUACCGCUGGAUUUCAUCCCGUAUCCAUUUCGCCCCGUUGCUUCCACCGGUGGAGGUCUUGUGCUACUACGCCUUGCUAGUAGCACCACCCUUCAGCUAGCCAUCUGCAAUCCUUUCACCAGACAGCUCCGCCACCUUCCGAUGCUAAACACCCCAAGAACAAACCCCGCAGUUGGGGUGAUAGAGUCCCCCAAUUCAAGCUAUAGAAUCUACGUGGCCGGAGGGAUGUCGGAAGCAGCAUCGUACGUUCCAACGUUGGAGAUAUAUGAAUCGGGUGGCGACAAGUGGAGGGUGAUUGGAGCAAUGCCAAUGGAAUAUGCUGUGAGGCUGACAGUGUGGACUGCAAAUGAGGGUGUGCAUAGUAAUGGAGUUCUGUACUGGAUCACUUCUGCCAGGGCCUAUAGCAUAAUGGGAUUUGAAGUUGAGACUAAAAAAUGGAGACAGUUGAGUGUACCAAUGGGUGACAGGCUUGAAUUCGCAGCAUUAUUGGUGGCAAGAAAGGGACAGCUGAGUGUUGUGGGGGGUGGGGGAGGGGUAUGGGUGUGGGAGCUUGGGGAAGAUGAUAAGUGGAGUGUGAUUGAGACAAUGCCAUUGGAGUUGGGAAUGAGAUUGUUGGGAGGGAAUGGAAGUUGGGGAAAUGUUAAGUGUGUAGGAGGGAUUGAUGGGAGGGCAGUGUAUUUGUAUAGAGAUGUGGGAGAAGGAAUGGUGGUUUGGAGGGGAUGUGUGGAGAAUGGUGGAUGGCAAUGGUGUUGGGUUGAAGGGUGUAACAGUUCAGUAAGAGAAAACCAGUUGCACAACUUCCCCAUCAAAGGGCUAUUGUUGCAUCCUAAUCUCCGCCUUUGUGCAUAAAUAAGAAAUCCGACUGGGUCUUGAUGGAAUUAGUCUCAACUCGCGGGAUGUGAAUACCUACCUGUGCAGUAUGGAGAAAAAGAACAGUCAAAACUAUAUAUUCGUUGUAACAAUAAGAUGAGUGAGAUUUUGUUUUAGAUUCCCGGUACAAGUAUUUUACCAUUUACAAUUUACAAGUUACAUUCCUUUCCACACAAUUGGUUAGAGGGAUUGAAUCCCACUUUUCCUGUCCCCAACAGUAUGAUGAUAAAAACAGUAAAACAUCUUAGGGGGAAAAGGUUGUAUGAACAUACAUAUAUUGUAGCAUGUAGAA